AUUUGCUGAGAGACAUUAGAAGACGGUUGAAACAAUUUUGUUUUGGCAUCUGUUUGAAUGGAAGUGUGAGCAAUGAAGCCACGUAUUUUAGAAGACGACAAAGAUCACACUGUUUAAUGGGUGGUUAAUGGAUACACGGGUAUAUUUGGAAUGGUGACAUUUCAGUGAGUCCGCAAAUAACUGACCCAUUAAUAAUGUACGGAACUUAGAAACUCACUGGGAAAAAGAAUUCACUGUGAACAGUAAACUGUUGUAUUCUUAUUGGAAUCUUCUUCAUUCUAAAGAUUUCAGUGUCGACUCGAACAUGGAGGAAGGUGGCAAGAAGAAGUUUUUGUACGUUGGACCAAAAUCUAAAGAGACUGAAAAUAACGACAAAUGGCAGUUCAUUCCUAGAGCAGGAACUCCACCAUUUCAGACGCCAGCCAUAGACCUGGACAGUGUGUGGAGUAUCAAGAGAAACGUGUUGGUGGGAAAUGCCCAGCAUGACAGACUGACGCUAAAUGCAAAGAAGAAUUACUACUCUCGCCAUGGUGGAAUAAAAACUGAUAACAAGACAACAUCAACCUCAAAUGAAGGCUCCGCUUCGUCUAAAGGUAGCUAUCAAGCCUGGGGUAGCAGGAGAGGCUUCAGCUACUCCACCUACUCUCAAACGAAUUCUGACACAGACAUCGACUCACAGGUGUCGGACAGCAGCAGUCCAAGACAGAGGGGACAGAGCCAUCGACCACUCGACCCUCACGACUUUUAACGAUACCUUGUCCUUUGAUGGGCAGUGGUGCUUUUAUCACCACUGACCAGUAACAGCAAUAAAAUGUUUUUCUAAAGAGAAAAAACGAACAUGAGAAACCUUGCCUUUGAAUACUUUCUUAUAGUUCGUCCCAUACUUCCACGAAAAAAAAAUUUGGAAAUAAUUUCAGUUUUGUUUGAAGUAAGAAGAAAGGUAAAAGUGUUUUGGAAAUAACACAAAAAAACACCCACCUAUUUUUGUGUCCAAUUUAGAAAACAAUCGGCUCAAAAAUAAAUAACUUGUAGUAAAUUCCAUAGCAUGAAAAAGGGGCUGUAAUUCCCUGUGGGAUGGACUAUAACUGUUUUGGUGUAUGUGGCUGACACUUAAUACAUGGAGAACUCUUGUUGUGUUGGGUAAUUAAACAGGAAUUAGAUCAAAGUGCCUUCUCUUAAAUGCAGGUGUAUGCUCAUUCACGAAGAACUUAUUACAGUGAUAUAUAGACUGAAAUCAUUGUGUAUUUACACUGUGGGUAUUUGUACGAGUGAGGACAUGUUUUGUUUUGUUUUUAUGAGGAGCUUGACCACUUCAGUCAAGAGUACAGUACUUUUAAUAAUGGCUUAUUAUACAUGUCUUUCAGUGAAGAAUUGGUGGUGCCAAGAGUCUUUUGGAUUCCCAUGUAAUAUAUUUCAGUGUUGCUCAAUGUCAAUGAUACAAAUUUGAUCGGGUUAUUUAAAUUUCACCUCUUGCCACACACACACGCACAGACAUGGACGUCAAUAGGAAUAUUUUUGAAAGGAGUUCAUCUGAGUAAUGCACUAGUGCAUUUAAUAGCUGAUUGAUUAUUUCAGAAAGAACUGCAAAAACAAAUAUUGACUAAAGGGGUUCUAUUCUCACCUUCAGUAACCACCCCCACCCCACCUGGUAACGUGCCUGACAGCUUAGAACACUGGAUGUUGUCUUGGCAUUAUCAUAAGAUUGUCAUGUCGGAGCAGCUUGAUGGUUUAUCUUACAUGUUCAUAUUCAUUUGUUUGUGUUUAUUUCUACAUAAACAUAUCUUUAACAAUAAAUAUAUGGGUCACCAACACAAUUUAUAAGAUUGAAUAUAGGUCACUGUGACUUUUUUAAUUACUAAAUACAUAGAGGAUAUUUCAUGUUUUUUGUCUUGUGAAGUUUGCAGUCAUAUAACACUCGUCGCGCAAGCGUGACUCGUGAGAUAUGAUUGCAAACUUCACUCGAGAUAUAA